CCUGACUGUCGUCUGUUCGGCCUUUUUACUUGUGAUUUUGUCUUCUUUUUCUGCAUCGUUCUCAACUAAGUGUCAGUCGCUUCUCUAUCACCAUAAUUUGCAGUUUUGUCGAGCGCUAGACCCCCCGUCACUCGCUUUGUUUACCCUCUCGACUCUCGCUGGACCCUGCCGAUACUCUAUCAGCCGAUCUGCAUGUUUUAGUCCCGCUGGCCUGAAAAGACCGACCAUCCUCUGCAGUUUCAUCGUCUUGUCGUUUUCUGGGCACUGUUACCAUCCCCAUCGACUGCAUCAUCCAUUUGAUUUCGAUCGCUCGACACAUUAUAUCGUCAUUUUUGCGAACAAACCUCCCAUCACAGCGACGGGUCCACGUCGAUCGGACCCUGAAUCUCGCCAAGGGGGAUCACUUGACCCCUCUGUUUUCCACUACUUUCUACUACCUCCAUCAACACAUCCGACACAAUCACCAUGCGCUCGCUAUGUCUCCUACCUGCCUUGUGCAUCCUCUUUCUACUGGGGACAAUCUCAACCGCCUUCCCAUCCCCAGGGGAGGAGUUGUCGCACGGUCAAUUCCUACGGCGAGCUGACACCACAGCAGCCGACAGCGCCACAACUGGACAAGCCGUCACGACGGGCAAAAGCGCAGCAAAGACCGAUUCCGCUACCGACUCCGCUACUGACUCCGCUACUGAUUCGGCCACGGAGACAUCUUCAGGCACACAAGCUACCGGGAAAGCUACGAAGACCGGGACCGCGACCGGGACCGACACGAACAGUGGAACCGAAACGGGCUCCUCAUCGUCAUCCAAAAAGAAGGGCAGCACGAAGACGGCCUCGAGCAACUCGACGACCACCAACGCCUGGGCCGGCGGUAUUUCGAUGUUGACGCCCGCGAUCACGACCACGACGUUCUACAAGAUCGGCAAUCCGGUCACCUUUGCAUGGAACUACACCUCCCUGGACGUGACGCCGACGGCGGUCAAUGUCAUCGCCUCGUGCAGUAAGAACAGCCACACGUACACCGUCACGCAGAACAUGACCGUCAAGGAGACCAACAAGGUCGUCUGGGACACGGGCGCGUAUAAGGCCAAUGCGACGGUUCCGCUGUUGACCGCGUCGUACACGUUGAUCGUCUGGGACGUGAACAAGUCCAUCUCCGACACCCCGAAGGGCGGUCACCUCAGCGCCGCCAGUUACACUUUCGCCAUGUAUAGCCCGCAGUCUUACACGCCUCUGAACGGAUUCGUCUGCGCCACCUGCAGCGGUGCCCUCUCCGAGCUCGAGCGACAAGGUCUUAAGUUCGUGUUCGGCAUGGUCCUCAUCACGAUCACCACCUUUACCUGGUUCGCCGGGGACUUUGGAGUCUUCUCCACAUAGUAUGCAAAUACGGGGACUUGUAUCAAUGUUACGAAAGACAUCUUCCUGUUUUUUUUUUUCUUUUUCUUUU